CAAACACCAACCAGUCAACUUUACCGCUUCUGAUUUGCUAAAUUGUCUCUAAUAAAAUUAUUAAAAUAACUUUUCUCUUAAAAUGUUUACCUGCCAGAAGAUUUUUAAAACUGGUAUAUAUCGAGUAAAUGGAUCUAUCAACAAUUGGAGGUUCAGAAUUACGCUUAAAAAGGUACAUUCGCUUAUCGAAAUCCCUCGUUUCGAUCAAUCUGUUGAAGGAGACCUCUUUGAAGAACCAUCCAACAGUGUAGAAGAACAAAUGGAAAUCACUUGGCAAGAGAAAGUAUUCAGCAAAUAUGAAAUAGACUACUACAACAUUAAGGACAACUGUAUCUCGGAGUUGCAGAAAGGCUACCAUCAUGUUAUCAGAACUAACGGGCUAGCUGACAAGGACAUCAAUGGGAAGAUAUUUUCCUAUACAUCUGCUGAUGAUUACGCCCCAGAUGAAGAGUUGCCAGAUCUUGCUCAGAUUAACAAACUUCAUUUGAAAGAAGUGGAGGCAGAUUUUGAAAACAUGUUCAUAAUGGCGGAUUUGGAUAGCGAAGUAUUGGUUUGCUCUAUCAAAUGGAAUCAACAAGAAAAAAUUUUGCUUAUUUACCCUGAUUUUAAUUGCAUGAAAAUAAACCCAUACUAUAAAGAAAUACAAGGUGACAGCCGACAAAUGUAUCAUUUCGGGAUUGAAAAUUUAAGCCACAAAAGUAAUUUCACUAGAUCGCAACCAGCUAUCGAGUUACAAAACACUUUAAUGAACAAGCUUGCAAAACUAACAUUAGCAGAUGAUUUAUCGAAAAAUAACUUUUCGUACCCUGAAAACCGGCAUCUUAGAUUCCUGAUAAUGUUGGAAAUUUUAUCCGCUCUUCAAUUUCCGUAUGACAACAUAUUUGUGCGAUAUUCAUUCAUUUUACCAGUUGAGACAAAGGUUUUAGAUGGACCUUUAGGAGGGAGCACACACAGCAGCAAGAAAACGCACGGUGUUUGGAACUUUGGACACUGCCAUGAACUAUUGAUUGAUAUUCCCGAAAGCAAGGACGUUAAUGAAUAUGUGAAAAUAUUUUUUAACGUUAUUUCUAUCGAUAGUUGGAAACGUGAGAGAUUACUAGGAAACGCAUAUUUAAAUAUGCAUAUAAGUCCACAAAUACAAGCAAAAACAUUACAGUGUAUAAGGAUUCAGAACAAUGAAAAGUAUCAUGAUAAACUAGAAACAUAUCUUGUGGGAGGACGUCGACAGGUUAAAUUGAAAGAAUUUUAUGGACAGGACGACAAAACUGUACUAAAUCGUUAUGGAAGUUGUACCGAGCAAACUGGAAAACUAAAUAUCAAAUAUCAGAUCAUUCAACAGCACCGACCCAAAGUAAUCGAAACAGCAGGUCGCAGUUCGCGCAAGCACGGAAAAUUCUACUCGAAUGUCAUAACUGUUGAAGAACUGCUGUCAUCGUACCACCGAGCUCGCGAGAGGCUUGAAGAAGUAGUAAAUUUGAACUAUUGAAAAAUUGUAUCACUAUUUCAGAUCACAUGCCAUACUCAG